UUUACAUUUCUUUAUCACACUUUUCUUUUUUCUUUGUACACUUUGCUGGCAUAGUUUUGUGAAAUUAUCAGAAAAAAAUAAAGUAAUAUUUUAAUUAAAUAAAAUAAAACGUUGUUUAUUGUUCUCCCAACAAAAUGUCUAUGUCAAAGACGACUAAUACUUACAAUCGGCAAAACUGGGAAGAUGCUGAGUUUCCCAUACUUUGCCAAACAUGUUUGGGAGACAAUCCCUACGUGCGUAUGAUAAAAGAGCGAUUUGGUAAAGAAUGUAAAAUAUGCACCAGACCAUUUACGAUCUUUCGUUGGUGUCCUGGUGCUAGAAUGCGUUUCAAGAAGACUGAAAUCUGUCAAACAUGUGCGCGUUUGAAGAAUGUGUGUCAAACCUGUUUGCUAGAUUUGGAAUAUGGUCUACCCAUACAAGUUAGGGAUGCAGCUUUAAAAAUUGCCGAUAAUCUGCCUCAAAGUGACGUUAACAAAGAAUAUUACAUACAAAAUGUUGAUCGAGAAUUGCAAGAUGGAGAUGGCACGGAAGCAGCAGGAGCAGUGGGAAAAUCUUUAGCCGCUAGUGAAAUGCUCUCUAAAUUGGCACGUACCGCUCCCUAUUAUAAACGAAACAGGCCACACAUCUGUUCUUUCUGGGUAAAGGGUGAAUGUAAAAGAGGCGAAGAGUGCCCCUAUCGACAUGACAAACCUAACGAACCUGAUGAUCCUCUAUGCGAACAAAAUAUUAAAGAUCGUUACUACGGUCGCAACGAUCCUGUGGCUGAAAAGAUUAUGAAAAGAGCUGCGUCAUUACCUACUCUAGAGCCGCCCGAGGAUCGCAAUAUUACUACCCUCUAUGUUGGUAAUUUGCCCGAGGAAAUUACUGAACCUGAACUCAGAGAUCAUUUCUAUCAAUUUGGUGAAAUUCGCUCUAUAGCUUUAGUGCCACGGCAACAGUGUGCUUUUAUACAAUAUACUAAACGUUCUGCCGCUGAAUUAGCAGCAGAGAAAAGUUUUAAUAAAUUGGUGUUGCAAGGUAAAAAAUCAACUAUAAAAUGGGCUCAUUCCCAAGCCAAGCAGGGUGCUGCCAAAACUGACAGACGUUUUGAUGUUAAUGCCAUUCCACCUGCAGCUACACAAAAUCCAAAUGAUUUCUUUAAUUUACAACAAGAACAAGUAACAGUUUUGCCUCCUGGAAUGAAACUGCAUCAAAUACCACCGAGUCUUAUACCCGCCUCAUCGUAUCAAAUGUAUUCACAAGCCUAUGCAGCACCGUAUUCUAUGCCGGUGGCUUCUACUUCAGCUCAAGCAGCUGCAGCCGCUGCUAGUGGCAAUUCUUUAGAUUCUAUACCACCGCCUCCAAGUGCCGGCCGUAGUGUUCAAAUGCAUUAUCCUAGUCAGGAUCCUAGUCGUUUGGGAGCAGUGAAAAAAUAAUUGGGUGUAAUCAAUGUUUAGAUUACAUUUCCAAACAUUUUUCUUAAAACUUAUACCUAUGUACUAGUUAAUAAUAUAUUAAAUUGAUAAAAUAAAGGUUUUGUAUUA